AAAUUCUCUUUCUGGAAUUUCUGUGUUCGGCAGUUUCUGCUAGGGGCAUGCAUCUCCCUUGCUCUCGAUAUACACCCCCCUUCAUUUCCCAGGGAGUGGAGCGGCCCGGGACGGGGGCGGGCUGGGAGGCGGGGCGGCGUGGUAGGCGGGUCUGCGCCGAGCUCCGUGUGUCGGUGUCAAUGUGUCUGUCCUUCACUCCUCCAUUGUCUGCCGCCACCACUGCCGCCGCUGCCACUGCCGCUGCCGGAAUCGCUGCAGCCCCCAGCCUCGCGCGUCGCCGCUACCUCCUCGGACAGAAAUUUUAUGAAUAAGCAUCAGAAGCCAGUGCUAACAGGCCAGCGGUUCAAAACUCGGAAAAGGGAUGAAAAAGAGAAAUUCGAACCCACAGUCUUCAGGGAUACACUCAUCCAGGGACUUAAUGAAGCUGGUGAUGACCUUGAAGCUGUAGCCAAGUUUCUGGACUCUACAGGCUCAAGAUUAGAUUAUCGUCGCUAUGCAGACACACUCUUCGAUAUCCUGGUGGCUGGCAGUAUGCUCGCCCCUGGAGGAACACGCAUAGAUGAUGGUGACAAGACCAAGAUGACCAACCACUGUGUGUUUUCAGCAAAUGAAGAUCACGAAACCAUCCGAAACUAUGCUCAGGUCUUCAAUAAACUCAUCAGGAGAUAUAAGUAUUUGGAAAAGGCAUUUGAGGAUGAAAUGAAAAAGCUUCUCCUCUUCCUUAAAGCCUUUUCUGAAGCAGAGCAGACAAAGUUGGCAAUGCUGUCUGGGAUUCUGCUGGGCAAUGGCAACCUUCCUGCCAACAUCCUCACCAGUCUCUUCACUGACAGCUUAGUCAAAGAAGGCAUUGCAGCCUCAUUUGCUGUCAAGCUUUUUAAAGCGUGGAUGGCAGAAAAAGAUGCCAACUCUGUUACCUCCUCUUUGAGAAAAGCCAACUUAGACAAGAGGCUACUUGAGCUCUUUCCAGUUAACAGACAGAGCGUGGAUCAUUUUGCUCAGUACUUCACUGACGCAGGUCUUAAGGAGCUCUCUGACUUCCUCCGAGUCCAGCAGUCCCUGGGCACCAGGAAGGAGCUGCAGAAGGAGCUCCAGGAGCGUCUUUCUCAGGAAUGCCCGAUCAAGGAGGUGGUGCUCUAUGUUAAAGAAGAAAUGAAGAGGAAUGAUCUUCCAGAAACAGCAGUGAUUGGACUGCUAUGGACCUGUAUAAUGAACGCUGUGGAAUGGAACAAGAAGGAAGAGCUCGUUGCCGAGCAAGCCCUCAAGCAUCUGAAGCAAUACGCUCCACUCCUGGCUGUGUUCAGCUCCCAAGGCCAGUCAGAGCUGAUCCUCCUCCAGAAGGUGCAAGAGUACUGUUAUGACAACAUCCAUUUCAUGAAAGCCUUUCAGAAGAUCGUGGUUCUUUUUUAUAAAGCUGAUGUGCUGAGUGAAGAAGCGAUAUUGAAAUGGUACAAAGAAGCACAUGUUGCCAAAGGCAAAAGUGUUUUUCUUGACCAGAUGAAGAAAUUUGUUGAGUGGUUACAAAACGCAGAAGAAGAAUCUGAAUCUGAAGGUGAAGAAAAUUAGACAGCUCAAGAAGCACAAUACCUAGGUCACCACACAACACUCUUACGGGGAAUGCUGAACCAUUUGAGAAGAGAAACUUGGCUUCUGUUUUCACAAAGGAAAAAAAAAAAUAGGAUAGGCUUCCCUUGUGCAGAGGGGGAAAUGGUUUUUGUUUUUGUUUUGUUUUUAAAUGGAGCCCUGAGGCAUCAGCUAUUAUACUUGGGACUCUACCUCUCACUCACUAUAUGCUAACUUAAAGCCAUUCAACAGGGAGUCCAGUAGGUGUCUGAAAUUAAAUACUCCACAGACUCCUCUUUUUUAGCUGUAUUUUUCAGGUACUGUGUGGUGAAUGCCCCACUGGUGUCUAUUACAGGGCCACUUUGGUAGUUGUGUAUCUGCUCGUGUAUGUGAUUUGACAAACAGUUUUUUAAAAUAAAUGGCUUUUUAAAAAUCUGG